AUGGGCAUGGAGGGGGAGGACGUGGUGGUGUAUGAGGAGCAACCAGGGGAGGUGGUAACUGCGAUGUUGCAUGCCCCCUUCCUCUACAACAUCACGCACUGCUCUCCGCCCAUCCACGGCCAGGUCAUUUCGGAGCGCAUCUACCAGUGGAUAGAUCUGCACAUCCGCAUGGGGGUGGACCAUUUCUCCCUCUACGAUGUGGGCGGGGUGGACCCACAACUGCGAACGCUGAUUGCGCCAUUACUGGACGGAGGGAUAGCAGAAAUCACGGAUUUUCAUGACCUGGUGAACUAUGAGUCUUGGUAUCAUGGGCAGGUGAUGAUAGUGAACGAGUGUCUGUAUCGCUUCCGCCGCCUCUCCAAGUGGAUCAUGUACCUUGAUUUCGACGAGUUCAUGUUUAUCGAUGGCCAGGAGCGCAUGCCCACGCCUCUCAGCGUGAACCACUUCCUCAUGCCAUACGAGGGAAUGCCCUACGUCACCCACGGCAGCCUCUGGUGGGACUGGGAGCGCUGCCUGCCCUCCCAAGGCCCUGACGACCCCAGGUGGCCACUGGAGCGUAUGCUGUGGCAUGGGCCGGGGGUCUUCUGUAAAGCCAGGGACAACCACACCAAGCCCACCAUGUGCCUGGACCACUACGGCCACCGCAAGCUCUUUGUCGACCCCAGACGGGUGCGAGCAGUGAUGAACCACGCGGUUCAGGAACCCACUAUUGGCGGAGGCGGCGCAGACCUGUCUACGGACAUUCUUAGACACCACCACUUCCACGGCAUAAUCAGGCAAGGCAUCAAGGAGUGCACGCUGAUAAUGAAGGAGCACGACAUCAUUACCUGGUGGUCUCGGGGAAGGGAAGAAGCGGAUCGAAUGCGAUACGUGCGCACCCACCCCCUCGACAUGCAAUUCCUCAUUACCGCACACAGGUGGUGGAGAGAGUACGUGCAGAGGACACACCAAGGCCAGUAG